CUGUUUUUUUACGAAUAUAUUUUAAAAGCAAUCUGAAACCUUGAAGUUUAUUUGAAGAACCAAUUCCUAAUCAUGAUGGAUAACUACGACGAAUCCGAUAUGGUUUAUUGCCCGUACAACAAGGAGCACAAAAUGCUGCGCAAGAAGCUCCAGCAGCACAUCCUAAAAUGCCGUGUGAUCUACAAAGACACGGUGGAACUAAUGGUUUGCCCAUUUAAUAAAUCGCAUUUGAUCCCAGAGCCCGAGUUCUUUCAACACACCAAAUCGUGCGAGGAUCGAAAUAUUAUAGUGCACUAUCAGACCAGCGCGCCUGCUGUUCUCAACGAAGACACCAGGCACCCCAAGAUCGAGUCCGAAGAGAACUGGGACGACGACGACAGUGUGCCCGACUACGAUCCUCAGGUCUACUGUUCCACGGCCGACAUAGUCAGAGAACCCAAUGGGUUGUUUCCUGCCCAGCGAAAGGCUUUCAUCGAGCAGGAGAAGCGUCGUCAUUUUGGCCAGGAUUACAAGGAGGAGAAGCCGCCAAAGGCCAAGUCUCGCUCGGAUCCCUACGAGCCAAGAAAGCCCUUCUCAAGGCGCCAGUAAUUCGAUUCCACCAAGAGUUGCUCCCAGUGCCAAAGAACAGAAACCAAAACAUUUUAUCGAGGCUUCUACUGCCCUUGUUAUUAUAACCAAAAAAAUCAAUGGCCAAAGUGUUAAAUUACCAUUUUAACAUGUGCUGUGACACAAGUAUUGCUCGCAGUUCAGAUGAGCAUGCGACAUAGAGCGCCGAUCUAUGAUAUUAAUCUGAGAUAAAAAAAAAAACGUACAUAUCCAAUAUUCGCCGCUAGAAGGCUAUCAAAAUAUGUAUGCAAAACUAUGUGCCUUCUUCCAUUAACGAUACAAAGCAUUUAAUUUUUGUUUCUUUUCGAAUAAAUUCCUAUUUCUUCUCCCCUUCACGGUCAUAACAUA